AGGCCGCGCAUAGCCCCGCCCCGGCCCUUUGUGACGUUGGACAAUGUCUGCCACGCGUCGGAACUCGGCUGCAGGGCAGGCCACCAGCGCGAGCGGCACGCCCGAGGGAGCCCGGUGAUUCUUUGGGGCAGACUCAGGGAGCCAUGCAGUUCUUAUUCAGAUUAGUCGUUUUCUUUUACCUGUGGGGCCUUUUUGCUGCUCAGACACAAAAGGAAGAGGAGAGCACAGAGGAAGUGAAAAUAGAAGUUUUGCAUCGUCCGGAAAACUGCUCUAAGACAAGCAAGAAGGGAGACCUGCUAAAUGCCCAUUACGAUGGCUACUUGGCUGAAGACGGCUCGAAAUUCUACUGCAGCCGGACAGAAAAUGAAGGCCACCCCAAAUGGUUUGUUCUUGGUGUUGGCCAAGUCAUAAAAGGCCUAGAGGUUGCUAUGAUGGAUAUGUGCCCUGGAGAAAAGCGAAAAGUGAUUAUACCCCCUUCAUUUGCAUAUGGAAAGGAAGGCUAUGAAGGAAAGAUUCCACCCAAUGCAACACUGAUUUUUGAGAUUGAACUUUAUGCAGUGACCAAAGGACCACGGAGCAUUGAAACAUUUAAACAGAUAGACAUGGAUAAUGACAGGCUACUCUCUAAAACUGAGAUAAGUCAUUACUUGAAAAAAGAAUAUGAAAAAGAUGAGAAGCCACGUGACAAGUCAUAUCAGAAUGCAGUUUUAGAAGAUAUUUUUAAGAAGAAUGACCAUGAUGGUGAUGGCUUCAUUUCUCCCAGGGAAUACAAUGUACACCAACAUGAUGAACUAUAGCAUAUUUUUCCUACAUUUUUUGAGCGGCUUUCCGUAUUUGAUAUAUAAACAAAGUUAUUUUUCUGCAAGUUGUAUUUUCUGUUUUUCCCCCAUGAGAAGAUAUUUCGAUCCCCUCAAUACGUGUGAUUUUGAUGUAAUAAAUGUGAGACUCUGCAAAUUUAACUUUCAGGAAAGGUA